GUCGUCGUGAACUCCAGCAAAUCUCACCAGCAGCGUUCCCUCCAUUACAACGAUUACUCCUCAAAGCCGAAUACCAAAGGAUCUCAAGAUGAAAGUGGUAUUAGUGUCCGGCGGAGUCAUCAGUGGCGUUGGCAAAGGAAUUAUUGCCAGUAGCUCUGGACUUCUACUCAAGUCCCUGGGUUUCCGCGUCACGGCCGCAAAGUGUGAUCCUUAUUUGAACCUGGAUGCGGGAACGCUCAACCCGCUUGAGCAUGGAGAGUGCUUCGUUCUGGCCGACGGAGGCGAGACGGACUUGGAUCUCGGAAACUAUGAACGAUAUCUCGGCAUUCAAUUGAGCCGUGAGAGCAACAUUACUACCGGCAAGAUCUACAAGUUGGUCAUUGAGAAGGAGCGACGAGGAGAUUACCUGGGAAAGACCGUCCAGGUUGUCCCCCACAUCACGGACGCCAUCCAGCAGGCGAUCGAAUCCGUCGCCAAGAUCCCGGUGGACGACUCUGGAGAAGAGCCGGAUGUUUGCAUUGUUGAGUUGGGUGGCACAAUCGGUGAUCUUGAGUCUGGCCCCUUCGUCGAGGCACUCGUGCAGCUCAGACAUAGACUCGGCAAAGACAACUUCCUCAGCAUCGGCGUAUCAUACGUCCCGAUCAUCAACGGAGAGGAGAAGACCAAGCCAACCCAACACGCCAUCAGGCAAAUGCGAAGUGCCGGUUUGAUCCCUGAUGUGAUUGCCUGCCGAUGUGAGCGUUCCCUUGAUGACGCCACCAUCCAGAAGAUUGCCCGAAGCUGCCAAGUUGAGUACGAGCAAGUCAUCGGUGUGCGAAACAUGGACACCAUCUAUCAAGUCCCCUUGCUCCUCCAAGAGGAGGGAUUGCUCAAGCUUCUAGUCCAAGGCCUAAAACUUGACAACCCCAAGCUGUCGCCAGGCAUGGCUGAGAAGGGACAGGCACUCUGGGACUUGUGGAAGCAGACUGUUGUCCAAGAGAAGCACCUCCCGCCAGUCAACAUCGUCUUGGUCGGCAAGUACAUCAGCCUUGACGACGCCUACCUCAGUGUCCGGAAGUCGCUUGAACACUCGGCGAUGCGAUGCGACCGCAAGCUGAACCUCAUCUCGGUGGAUUCUGAGCAUCUCGAACACGCCAUGCAGGCCAAGGACCCUAAUAAGUACCACAACGCCUGGAAGGCCAUCUGCGAGGCCCAGGGCAUCAUUGUUCCCGGUGGUUUCGGAUCGAGAGGAGUGGAGGGAAUGAUCGAGGUCACCAAGUGGGCUCGAGAGCGACAGGUUCCUUUCCUUGGAAUUUGCUUGGGCUUGCAGGUGGCUGUCAUCGAGUACGCACGCAACGUGAUGGGUAUCAAGGAUGCGACAUCUGAGGAGAUGUUGGCCGAUUCAGAGCACCAGGUCAUUAUCUUCAUGCCGGAGGGUUCUAAGGAGCAAAUGGGCGGCACGAUGAGACUCGGCACGCGCACAUCUCACUUCAAGCCUGGCACGGAAUGGAGUAAGCUCCGUGGCAUGUACGGAGGCGCCGAGGUUAUCGAGGAACGUCACCGACACCGUUACGAGGUGAACCCCGAAUAUAUCGACCAGCUCGAGAAGGCCGGGCUUAUCGUAACCUCUCUCGACGACCAAGGUGUUCGAGUCGAGACCAUUGAGCUGAAGGAUCACCCCUUCUUUGUCGGCGCGCAAGCACACCCGGAACUGAAGAGCAAGGUUCUCAACCCGGCACCAAGCUUCCUGGGCUUCGUGGCGGCGAGCGUGGGAUGUCUCGACAAGAUGAUCGAGGCAGCGCACAAGAAGAGGGAAAGCCAGGCGAAUGGAGCUGGCGAGGCUCAUGACUUCUAAGUGAUGGCUUGCUUGUGAAUCGUAGAACGCUAGACAUGGUCCAUUGGAUUGAUUUAUGGAUGUAGAGGCACGGAGGAUCAACACAUCUUUAUCCCGAGAAACGCGUGAGACUUUGAGACAAUGAGGGUUUCUACACUAUCGUGAAGUCUCUGAUCGGACCGCAGUUUCCCGGGGCACUUAUCGCAUUUUGUCACAUUGGGUGGCUGGGCGUCUCAAGGAAGAAAUAGGAGUAAAAGAAAAUACACACCAUAGAGGACUGCUCUUCAUCUAGGAAUAGGAUAUCUGAGCAACAAGGAAAUAAAAAAGAAACUUCAACGACUGAG